AUUCAAUCGCAGCUGAGGUUGCUUGGGAGCUGAGAGCCCGCUCGUGACCUGUCGUUGGGAACCCGGGGGGUUGUGUUGUUUACCGGCGUUAGCACUCCACCAGGUGCCGAUCCGUCGCGCGUCGAUCUACUCGCGGUUCAAUCAACAGCACCACUUAGUAACUAUAUCAGGAACAGAGCUCGGGGUAUCCGAUUGCAGGCUCUAUACGCAUCACACCCUGUCCACUGCCAAAUCAUUAUGCCUCCCUGGUCAAUAACGUAAUCCUUGACCAUGUCAGGCAGCUACUCCUCUCGCUUCGUGGAUGUGUCCACGGCCCUCUCCUCGCAGGGCAAAGUCAGUGUCAUUGGCGUAAUUGUCGAUGUCUUUGGCGGGAUCUGGAAGUCCAGGGGCUCUUCCAGCUGCAUCACCUUUACUAUCAAGGACUCAGGACUUGAUAACGGUCAUACGUGGGACGGCCUGAAAAUCAAGUAUUUCAAAGAUAAUGAGAGCCAUCUACCUCCCGUGCAAGUCCGCGACGUUAUCCUACUGCGAGAUCUUACCAUCAAGCCAUUCAAAGGAGAUCCGCUGGGAGUCGCCGCCCAAGACCAGGAAGUCCCGUGGGCUAUCUUUCGCUUGGACCCGGACCCAACGUCCAGUCCUGCGCCUCUUUGUGGCCCUACGCACUUUGAGCCAUCGACGUCGGAGAAGAUACACGCUUUGAAUUUGCUGAAUAGCGUCGCUGUGGUCAAUGGUUUCCGUAAAGCUCCAGCGCAUGAUUUCCCGCGUGGACCUCACGUCGUUCAAGCUGCAACCCCGAAUCAAAAGCCUUAUGCGCACAGAAAACUCUCCCUCAUCAAGGAUAUUGAAGAGCGGACGUUUGUUGACCUUGUCGGCGAAAUCGUCAAGAUUUACACCAAUGACAGUGAAAAGGUCCUCCUCUAUCUCACUGAUUAUACAACCAACGAAUAUUUGCAGGACCAUCAACUAGACGAUGGCAGCGAUAAUGGUUAUAAUCAUGCAGGUGAUAUCUAUGGAUACCAAAACCGGCCUAAGAAAAAGUGGACAGGGCCUGCUGGCCGAAUGUCCCUUCCAAUAACCUUAUGGGAACCCCAUGCAUCCUAUGCACGCCAGCAUCUCAAGAGGAAUGAUCUCAUCCAACUAAUCAAUGUCCACGUCAAGCGGAGUCGCAUAAAUGGGAUCUUAGAAGCCAGUGUCCAUACAAAUCGUACAAAUCCAAGCUCGGUCAAUGUACGCACCGUGGACCGUCAGAAUGCAGGAGUUGAACAGUUUCUACAGCGUAAGAUGGAAUACUGGAAAGCAAAUCCUCGGAAGCGGGGCCCAGAAAGUGAAAAUCAGCAGGCUCCUAAGAAAAGUACUAAGAAGCAACGGAAGAAACCCGGAAAGGUGGAAGAAGGCCAGGUGCCCAUAACAUCCGCAAGCAGCAAGCGAUAUGCACCGAAUGAGAACAUUAAAGCAGGCAAUCCGUCUGUCCCAACAAUGUCACUGGAAGCUAUCCUAUCCAACAAGUUUCAUGACAACAUCUCAUACGAUAACAUCGGAUACCGCCUUCCAUUUCAAAAUUUCUGCUAUCGAACAACAGUCCGCGUGGUUGACUUCUUCCCCCCAAGAUUGGAAGACUUUUCCGUCCCAGAGGACACUUCUGAUGACGAGACGGACCCGAAAGACCCUAAUCGUUUCAUUAGAUGGGAAUGGCGGUUUUGUAUUCUCGUCGAAAGUGUCCCUCCGCCUCCCGCGGGCCAGACAAAAGAGCAGACGAGAUUAUUCAUAGCUGGUCCUGAUGCAGAGUAUCUACUGGGGUUGACCGCAGUUGAUCUCAGGCAAAAUUUACAAGACUUGAAAGAGUUGCGAGAGAAGCUUUUUAUCUUGUGGGGUGAUCUUGAGGAGCGCAAGAGGAUUGCCUUGCAUGAUGGCAAACAGGACCUAGGCCCGGUUUCCUGCAGGCCUUUCAAUUGCUGCAUCCAAGAAUAUGGUGUCUUGUGCAGCCAUCGCCCCAACACGGAGAGCACAAAUACCGAAGAAGUUGAGAAUGGCUGCAGCCAUGAUGACUGCUUCGGUUGGGAUAGGCGGUUUGCUAUGUUCUUGACUACUAUCGCGUAACAUUUCUGGGGAAUUUCAACAGGCCCCCUUGGCCGACAAGAGUUGCUCAAGGAUAUCAAAGGAUAUAUUAUUGACACAAGAUUUUGUAUACUACAGUUGGAAAGAUAGCGAAAGAUUAUGAAGUUUGCC